AUUUUCUUCGCGUGCGUGUGUGACGAGCUGUAGUUUGCAUUUUUUUUUUGUAAGUUUAAUUAAACGUGCGCCAAAUAUGGCAAACACACCGCAAGUAGUCAAAUUAGAGGAUUCCGCAGAUGAGCCCGAGAUAUUUGAAAUCAAAGACGAAGAUGACAUUUGUGAAUUGGAGCACUUGCGCAAGCUGUUUAUUGGUGGCCUGGCGCCUUACACCACAGAGGAGGGCCUCAAAGUCUUCUAUUCCCAGUGGGGCAAGGUGGUCGAUGUUGUUGUGAUGCGAGAUGCUGCCACUAAGCGCUCACGUGGCUUUGGGUUUAUUACCUAUACAAAGUCCGCCAUGGUAGAUACUGCGCAAGAGAACCGACCGCAUAUCAUCGACGGCAAAACCGUGGAGGCAAAACGCGCUCUGCCGCGUCCGGAGCGUGAGACACGUGAAACAAACAUUUCGGUUAAAAAGCUGUUUGUCGGCGGCCUAAAGGACAAUCACGAUGAGGAUUGCCUGCGCGAAUAUUUCCUGCAAUUCGGCAAUGUGGUGUCCGUGAAAUUGCUCACAGACAAAACUACCGGCAAGCGUCGAGGCUUUGCCUUUAUCGAGUUCGAUGACUACGAUGCCGUAGACAAGGCGAUACUUCAAAGACAGCACUCUAUUAAAUACGUGCUCGUCGAUGUUAAGAAGUCCAUAUACAAUUUGGAAAAGAAAGACAGAAUGGCUCAGGGCGCUACAGCCAAUGGCAACAAGAUGCCGCAGCAGCAGCAGCCGCCGCCUAAAACCAACAUGCCACCAACUGGCUACCGUCCCCAAGUGCCUCCGCCGCAGCAAAUGCCGCCGUAUCAGCACCAACCGCCGCCGCCACCCAUGACCGCUCCGCCACCAAACUAUAACUAUUGGGGGCCACCUCCGCCCAUGCAGCCUUAUUACCAGCAGCCGCCGCCGCCUCAAAUGAAUGCGUGGAAUGCUUAUCCACCCGCGCAGAAUGGCUGGAAUGCACCACCGCCCCCACCACCCGGUGCUCAGCAGUGGCAUCCCAACCAGUGGGGCGGUCCGCCAGCGGUACAGCCGCCAACACCUGGCGUGCCUCCAGCUGGUCAUCAUCGCAGCGGUCCACCGCCGCAAGUGGUGGGUAACUGGAAUAUGCCGCCGUCUGGGGCACCACCAGUACCUGGUUCCAUGCCGGUACCACAGGGCCCACCACCCCAUCAGCCGCCACCACCACAGCAGCAGCAGCCACCGCCGCCAAACUUUGGCACCGGCUAUCAACAAAACUAUGGCGGUGGCCCAACUAAACACAACAACAUGAAUGGCAACCGCAUGAAUCCCUACGCUGCCCCACCCAGCAGCUAUCACAACGCGCAGCCACCAGCACCCGGCUAUGCGCCCUACAAUGCCGCAGCUCCGCCGCCCAGUGGCGGUGGUCCCCCCUCGGGACCCGUGCCUAAAAAUAUUUCAAAUGGAUCGGUGGCCACCGGGGGCAGCGCGAACAGCAAAUAUCGCCGUUAGUCGGGAUGCCUUUUUGUGUGUGCCUUAAGUGCAGCACAAAAGCUCAGAAUUCAAGAUACAAAUACAGAUACUGAUAAAUAGGCUUGUAGUAAGCUAGGACACACACUCGCUUAGUAACUUAAAAACAGGAUAAAUAUUAACAGCGUUGUCUCUCUUUCUAUAUAUAUACAUUUAUAUCUAACUGAGCGUACGGCAACAACUAACUAAAGUUUUUAACUCCUUAACUUAAGCUCUAAUGUUAUUUAUUGAACGAUUGAUAUCCAUCUAUGUUUGUAUUUAAGCGAUACUCGGCUUAUUAAUAAGACAAAUAUUUGAUACAACUGUGAGUUGUAGCCAAAAUCGUUUCAUUUCAUUUACUGUUAACUUGCCAUGCAUCAUUUUCUUUCAAAAAACUAAGUUAUACAAAUUGUAAACCCCAAUUAGAAAUUAACCAACUAGUGCUCUCUUAUUCUCUCUUCAUAUUAUAAUUAUGUAUGCCUAAAAUGUAAUUCCAGUCUAUAAAUACAAAUGAAAUUCAGUGCCCGUGCCCGUGCGUAGCUCAGCAUUAGAACACCGUAAACGUGUAUUUUUGUAAUCGAAUUAGACCUUAAAUAAUACCUUUAGCAGCCGAGCUUAUAGAGCUAGUUUGCAUAGCUCUCGUAUAUUAUAAUUAAUAGACGCCUUAAUGCUCGUAUAUCCAAAAAUAGAUCAUGUUGGCUGACGAGCAUAAUACCAAAUGAAAAACUGAAAAGAUACGUCCAGUAAUAUAACGUUAAAUCAAAUCAAAAGGCUGCUGAGCAACGCACGGCUGCGCACAUCAAGUAUAAAAUAUAAAGUAUAAUAUAAAAUAGAAAAGUUUAAUACUGUGCAUAAUUCUAAUCGAGUUGAUAACCAAAUUACUGUCAAUUUGUAUAAACAUAAAUGUAUAUAAAUAUAUAUAUAUACGUAUAUGA